UUUCUUGAUACCCAGAAAUCAUGCAAGUAUUUAUACUCAUAAAAAUACUUAUAUUUACAGCCAAGAAGGACCAGGAAGCUCCUGAUGACAAGAAAGCAACGACAAAGAAAAAAGUGAAAGAGCUGAAAGUGCUUGAUUCAAAGAGUGCACAGAACCUCUCUAUUUUCCUGGGGUCUUUCCGAUUACCUUACAAAGAAAUAAAGAACGUUAUCCUUGAAGUAAAUGAAAGUGUUCUCACAGAGUCAAUGCUACAGAAUUUGGUAAAGCAGCUUCCUGAAGAUUCUCAAUUGAGUGUUUUGGGUGAACUAAAAGAUGAAUAUGAUGAUUUGGCCGAACCUGAGCAGUUUGGAGUUGUGAUUAGCACUGUUUCUAAACUGCGUCCACGUCUGAACUCCAUCCUCUUCAAGUUGCAGUUUGAAGAGCAAGUAAAUAAUGUGAAGCCAGACAUUGUUUCUGUGACAGCUGCAUGUGAAGAACUCCACAACAGCAGCAACUUCUCCAAAUUAUUAGAACUAAUCCUGCUGGUUGGAAACUACAUGAACUCUGGAUCGAGAAAUGGUGCUGCCUUUGGCUUCAGUAUCAGCUACCUCUGCAAACUAAGAGAUACAAAGUCCUCUGACCAGAAGAUGACUCUUCUGCACUUUUUGGCUGAGAUUUGUAUGGAGCAGUACCCGGAAGUGAUGCGCUUCAUUGAUGAACUGAUCCAUGUAGAAAAAGCCAGCCGAGUUUCUGCUGAAACACUGCAGAAGAACCUGGAGCAGAUGUCUAAACAAAUCACAGGGCUAGAGAAGGAACUUGAAGCAUUCCCCCCUCCAUCUGACGACAAAGACAAAUUUGUGGAGAAAAUGACAAGCUUUGCCAAGAUGGCAAGAGAACAGUAUGAUAAGCUGGCUCUUAUGCACACGAACAUGGAGAAGCAGUAUGAAGAUUUGGGAACAUACUUUGUCUUUGAUCCUAAAAAGAUAUCUAUAGAAGAAUUUUUUGGUGAUCUGAACAAUUUCAGAACCAUGUUUCAGCAAGCAGUUAAAGAAAAUCAGAAGAGGAAGGAGGCUGAAGAGAAGUUACGGCGGGCAAAACUGGCUAAGGAGAAAGCAGAGAAAGAGAAAGAAGAGAAAAAGAAGAACAGUCAGAUGAUUGGCAUUGGUGCAGAAGGUGAUGAAACUGGAAUUAUGGAUGGUCUCAUGGAAGCCUUGCAGUCAGGUGCUGCUUUUAGGAGAAAGAGGCCCCCAAGACAAAUGGUUCGAAAAGCUGGCAAUUCUGUGACUUCAGUGUUGGCAAAAGAGUUGUUGCAAGAUGAUCAGCCCAGUGUACCUUCGAAAAAAGAAAAGAAGGAAGAGAAGAAAAGAGUUGACGUAGCACAAGAAUCCCUGGACGAUCUCCUGGAAGAUAUACCAGCCCGAUCAAGCUAACGGUUAAAUGUGCUGCCCUAAUAGGUCACUUUGACAUCUCUGCCAUGAACACGCCAACACAAGGGACUUGGCUAGUGGAAAGCAGCAGACUUUUUCUUGAUGGUUAAUUGCUUCUUGGGAAUCUGCUUUUACACGUUUUGUUGUCACUGGAAUAAUCAAUAAUGAAGCUGCACUUAGGAUGUCUGCCCCCUAGUGGCAGCAUCCACAAUGAAUUAAUGUCACGACUCUUCAUUUAAUUUACCAGCUAAAGACAAAAACAGAGUUUAGUAAGAAUGAGAUUGGAAUUUAACAGGUAAUCCUCAGUGGAACUCAGUGGAUUAUACAUUUCUGGUAACAUAGAAAUACAUUAGCACUGAGUCAAAGACAGGCUUUUACUGAAUUUUACUGUCCGACUGCCUCUGUAUUUUUGUUGAGUUUUUUGCAUUUGGUUUGUCACACGAAGUGCCAAUGCAUCCAAGCACAUGCACACAUUAAAGCAAGGCUCCACAGGCAAAGCUACCCAUAGAAAUGUGUUAAACUUUUGUGUUUUAUUUAAAAUAAUUUAGAAUAUUUUUGCUAGAGACCUGUUGUCCAUGAUGUGUAAUUUUGGGAAAAUAGAGAUUAUUUUGUUUUCUUGUAAUUCACUGUUGGCGCAAGGCUCAGU